GAUGAAUGACGCAUUUUAUCCCUAUCACCAUGAAUGCAACAAAUAAAAUUACCCUCUAACAACUUUUCCGACGGCACCCUCUCCUUUAUCCUACUUGAGAAAAAAAAUGCUGCAACGAUCGGAACGAGACUUCCUUGGGAGCGUGACCAUGCAUAUUGACUGUUUUGAUGCAUCGAUCAUCACGAGCAUAAUUUAUCUAGAUCACCGUACUGAAAUCGUGUUACUAAGGCCAAGUUAUUGCCUGCUCUGCAGAUUAGAAUCGAUCUUGAAUGUCCAAGUUCGGCUUUUGAGUAAAUUGAAAAAAAGUAUAAAUACAAUCCACCUUCUCUCCACAUCACUUAACUUUCAUCCACAUCCAUCAACAUAAGCAAGACUUCCUCUUCCUAAAUCCCCCCAAACUAGCAAAGAUGGCUAUCAGCGAAUUCGUUCGCCGAGCAGGCAAUGAAGCCUUGGAAAUCAAUCCAACAACCGCAACUAUUGACAUUACAACUGCCGCAUCCGAUUUCUUAUGGAUGGUUUUCUCCGUAAUGGCAGCAACCACGAUCGGUGUUGGUAUUUGGGCACAAUUUGGCGUUAAACAUGGUCAACGUACUUUCCAUCAUUUAUCCAUGAUGAUUACCGGUACUGCUUCAGUUGCUUACUUUUGCAUGGCUUCUGAUUUAGGUUCAGUUGCUAUUCCAGUUGAAUUCAUUCGUGGUCAUUAUGAUGCUAAUCCUGUCACACGUUCAAUUUGGUAUGCACGUUAUAUCGAUUGGACAAUCACAACUCCUCUUUUAUUGUUGGAAUUGUUAUUGGUUACAGGAUUGCCACUUUCUGAUAUCAUUAUCACAAUCUUUGCUGAUUUGGUAAUGAUUAUCACUGGUUUAAUCGGUUCUUUGGUUAGAUCCGAUUACAAAUGGGGUUUAUACUCUUUCGGAUGCGCUGCCAUGUUGUACGUUUUCUACAUGUUGUACUUCCCUGGUCGUCAAGCAUCUCAUUCUUUGGGUAACGAAUUGAGCAAGACAUACUUGAUCGGUGCAAGUAUCUUGAGUUUCAUCUGGUUCUUGUACCCAAUCGCAUGGGGAUUGGCAGACGGUGGAAAUGUUAUCAGCCCAACAGGUGAAAUGGUAUUCUAUGGCGUUUUGGAUUUGGUUGCCAAGCCUGUUUUCGCUAUCGUUCACUUGUACUCAAUGCGCAAGAUUAACUACACUCAACUUCAACUCACUUCGGGUAAAUAUUCCGAAUAUUCCAACGAUUUGAAAGGUGAUGUUCCAACAACAGGAGGAGCAAAUGGCAAGACUGAAUUGACCGGAAACACAACAGGUGCAGCUCAUCCAGUUUCCGUUGGCAAGCCAACUGAUGCUCCACACGGUGCAACUUCACCCGCAGGUGCAGAUUCCACCGUUCAUGGUCAUUAAGCAAUUGAAGGAUUUGAUUUUACCCUUUUUCUUCCCCCCCUCACCCCACGAGUUACAAACGUGUUCUGUCAAUAUGAAUAUAUACCUUUUUUUGUUCAGUUUGACUUGUACCAUCUUCUCUUUUACUCGCACCAUCAUUCCUCCCUCGUACGAAAUAAUUUUAUGUUAUUCUCCUCACUGAAU